GGGGUAAGUUCUUGCCAGCUUCUAAGAUGGCUACCGCGCGCGCUAGCCACCAGGUCGCCCGCGGGCGGCAGCACGAGGUUAUUUCGGCGGCGAGCCUGGCUCUCUGGCUCUGGGGAGCUGGGUAGUUGCCUAGUCCCUUCCCCCGCUUCCCCUCCCUGACAGCCGCGACCCGCCCCCUGCGGCCUCAGCCAAUGAACGCGCGGGGCCGGGCUCCGGGAGGGCUGCCUGGGUGGCGGGCGGGCGGGUGCGAGCGAGUGAUAGCGCUUGUCUGUGUGUGUGAGCGCGUCGGCGGGCUGGGGAGGAACGGCAGCAGAGAGUGCUUGAGGACGCGGCAGCGCCUGGGGGGAGCGGCGGACCAGCCGCGGUGGGGCGCUGCGGCGCUCGAGGACGCGGGCAGCCAUGCUGUCCAUCAGGGAAAAUAUUCUUUUUGGAAUGGGAAAUCCUCUUCUUGACAUUUCUGCAGUUGUGGACAAGAAUUUCCUUGAUAAGUAUGGUCUGAAACCCAAUGACCAAAUUUUGGCAGAGGAGAAACACAAAGAAUUGUUUGAAGAACUUGUGAAAAAGUUCGACGUGGAAUAUCAUGCUGGUGGUUCUACGCAGAAUUCUAUUAAAGUGGCCCAGUGGAUGAUUCAAAAACCAUUCAAAGCAGCAACAUUCUUUGGCUGCAUUGGUAUGGAUAAAUUUGGCGAGAUCCUGAAGAAGAAAGCUGCAGAAGCGCACGUGGACGCACAUUACUAUGAACAGAGUGAGCAGCCCACAGGAACUUGUGCCGCCUGCAUCACCAGUGAUAAUAGGUCCCUUGUUGCCAAUCUUGCUGCUGCCAAUUGUUAUAAAAAGGAAAAACAUCUUGACUUGGAAAAAAACUGGAAGUUGGUAGAGAAGGCCAAAGUUUAUUAUAUAGCAGGCUUUUUUCUUACAGUUUCACCUGAAUCUAUAUUGAAAAUUGCUCGCCAAGCUUCUGAAAGUAAUAAGAUCUUCACUUUGAAUCUUUCUGCACCAUUUAUUAGCCAGUUGUUCAAGGAACCCAUGAUGAAGGUUAUGCCUUACGUUGACAUCCUUUUUGGAAAUGAAACUGAAGCCAUCACUUUUGCUAGAGAGCAAGGCUUCGAGACUGAAGAAAUUAAAGAAAUAGCACGGAAGGCACAAGCCCUGCCAAAGGUGAACUUGAAAAGGCAGCGAACUGUAAUCUUCACCCAAGGGAAAAAUGACACAAUAAUGGCUACAGAGAAUGAAGUCUGUGUUUUCCCUGUCUUGGAUCAAAAUCAGAGUGAAAUCGUUGACACCAAUGGAGCUGGAGAUGCCUUUGUUGGAGGUUUUCUGUCCCAGCUGGUUGCUGACCAGCCCUUGACUGAAUGCAUCCGUGCAGGCCACUACGCUGCCAGCAUCAUAAUUAAACGCUCUGGCUGUACCUUCCCAGAGAAGCCAGACUUCCAUUGAUGAGCAAGAGGAAGCACAGCCUAGUGGGAACCCAGGACCCAGAUUGAUUGGUUCCUGCUCAUCUCCUGCAUCAUGGCUUCCACAGUCAUGUUAUUACAAAAAAACCUUUUCCUACUACAAUGAAAUAUAUUCUUAAUUUAGGGGGUACGAUGCUAAGUAGAAGCUUUAUUCUCUCAUCAACUUGAAAAAUGGUAUUAUUUACAUAAUUUGGUAGUCUCAUUUAAAUGUCAGUUAUUUAAACAGUGUUAUAACAUUUCAUCUUAUUCACUUUCAAUUACUUUGUAAAUUCAUGUGCGUCUAGGAAACUGACUAAUUUUUUAAAUUUCUGCUUUGAACAAAGACAGUUUCAUAAUUUCAUAGAUAUAAAAUUUAUUAAUUCUAACAUCAAUUUAAGCUUUUUAUAUGGGUAUAUUUAAUUUAGGAGCAUAUAUAUAUGUAUAUAUGCAAAGCAUAUAUAUUUAAAAUUAAGGUACAGAAAUAUUUAUGCUAAGCAUCUUACCAAGAUAUGCCAAAUAGUCUCUUAAGUGCACACUUCAAAUAUAUAAUGAAUUUUGGGUAAUUUAACAAUUUGCCAAAUUUUAGAUUAAAAUAUUCAAAUCAUAACCUGACACUUCCUGAUGGUACUGUGUAAUUUGAUACUGAUUAAUAAACCUUGUCAAAUCUGAA